AUGCCAUUGGAAAAUAAGCCUCUUCCUAAAGAACCAGACAGUAAAGAGGAGAAGAAAAAAUUAAAGGUUCCAAAAGGCAAUAAAAUAGCCAAAAUAAAAGAAAAUGAGAAACCUGUCAUUUCUCCACCAUCAAACUUUGAACACACAGUCCAUGUGGGGUUCGAUCCACACACAGGAGAGUUUACUGGCAUGCCAGAGUCAUGGGCAAAGCUGCUGCAGAACUCCAAUAUUUCUAAAUCUGAACAGAAGAAAAAUCCCCAAGCUGUCCUUGAUGUGCUCAAUUAUUAUGACAAUUCUACUAAAGAAAAGAAAGAAUCAAAAUAUAUGCAUAUCAAACAGUCGAGUAGUAGUUCGAGCUCCAGUUCUGUUCGACCAAGUCUUUCUGAUAAAACUGGUGCCAGUCUUGUGAUGUCUACAAAAAUUGAAAGUUCUGCACCAACAACUCCUGAAGAAGAAGAAGAAUUACCUCCUCCUCCAAUUGCAACCAGACCUGAUAAGACAAAAUCAAUUUACACCAAACCAAUUGAACCUGAUGAGAAGGCAAAUGGUGCUACACCUGGUCAGAAAGAAAAGCCGAAGAAAAAGAAAAUGACAGAUGAAGAAAUAUUAGAGAAGCUACGUACCAUUGUAACUAUAGGCGACCCAAAUCGAAAAUAUACCAAGAUGGAAAAAAUUGGCCAAGGAGCAUCAGGAACUGUGUUCAUAGCCAUUGAAAUUGCAACUGGACGGGAAGUUGCUAUUAAAACUAUGAAUCUGUCACAACAGCCGAAGAAAGAAUUGAUCAUUAAUGAAAUUUUGGUCAUGAGGGAAAACCAAAAUGCAAACAUCGUAAAUUAUUUGGAUAGUUAUUUGGUUGGUGAAGAGCUUUGGGUGGUUAUGGAAUAUCUUGCAGGAGGUUCAUUAACUGAUGUAGUUACAGAGACGUGUAUGGAUGAAGGGCAAAUCGCAGCUGUAGGACGAGAGUGUUUGCAAGCCUUAGAGUUUUUACAUGAAAAUCAAGUGAUUCAUAGGGACAUUAAAAGUGAUAAUAUUUUACUUGGUAUGGAUGGUAGCGUGAAAUUGACUGAUUUUGGGUUUUGUGCACAAUUAUCUCCUGAACAAAGUAAACGAUCAACUAUGGUGGGAACCCCAUAUUGGAUGGCUCCUGAAGUAGUUACAAGGAAACAGUAUGGUCCAAAAGUUGAUAUUUGGAGUUUAGGAAUUAUGGCAAUUGAAAUGAUUGAAGGAGAACCUCCUUAUUUAAAUGAAAAUCCUCUGAGGGCGCUGUAUUUAAUAGCAACAAAUGGAAAACCAGAAAUCAAAGAGAAGGAUAAAUUAUCUCCAGUCUUCCAGGAUUUCUUAGACAAAUGUUUAGAGGUUGAUGUAGAUAAGAGAGCUUCUGCAUCUGAUUUAUUGAAGCAUCCGUUCCUGCGAUUGGCAAAGCCCCUUGCCACCAUGGAGACUCACAAUUCACUGAUUCAGCUAUGUAGAAAGGCUACAAUAUGGAGCUGGUGA